GGAGACACCCUGCCCCUCCAGUGCCACCCCGCACCCAGCGAAGAGCCAGCGCCCGCAGCGCCUGCCUCCUCCCCAGCAGUGCGUCAGCCGAGCAGGCUUCCAGCUAAACCCCAUCUCCGCCCUGCCAAGGUCUGCCAGGCCGGUGAUGCCUACGCCCGAGAGAAAUUUAGGCCACAGGCAAGACGUGAUUUGGAAAAGGAGAAGCGAAGGCUCCAAAACAUCUUAGCUACAGGGAAAGAUGAGGUAGAGCCCGACGUGCAGCAGGCACUGGCUCAGACAAAGGAAGAGGAGACUCCUGAGCCUGACCGGUUUGAAGAACUGGUGAAUGAAAUUCAGGAGAGGAGGGAGUUCCUGGCAGAGAUGGAAGCUCUAGGACAGGGCAAGAAGUAUCAAAGCAUCAUCCUCACUGAAAUCUCACAGAAAAUGCACGAGAUGGAGAUCAUUGACAAGAAGAGAAGUGAGGAAAUGAGAGAGAUCAUGACAAAAGACUUCCCUGGUGGGAACAAAUUCAAUCCCCACGAUUAG